CUUGUCUGAUAUUCCGCAGGACAAGGUCCGCCACAUAUCCAAACUAGCAUUCAUUAUUUACAUUUCGCUUUGCCUUCGAUAGAGGAGAGCGUAUAAUGCUAUAUAUGUCCUUACAUGAUAAUACGAUAGGGUAGAUAUCCCAGCCGGAAUAUAAAGUCAAAACGACAGCUUGUCAGUGACGGAAUCCGGAAAAUGUAGCGUGCGGACGACGGUGGUUCUCAUGGAUCUCGCAGAGGGAGGUCGAUGCAAAAUGCCAUUCGGAAGUUCCAUCGUGAAAGGGUUGGGGGAUCACGUCAGGGCUGCUUCAUAGCCUCAACCCGCUUAUUAUCUGCCAGGGGGAAACCGUGUCUCUCCGGGGAUGGAUCUAUCGCGCUCCCUGGACCAUCGGAUACUGGUCUAGCCCUGGCGAUGUGAAGACAGUAGAGGAUAUUAUGCGUCCGUGUGCGUCCUCCACCCUCUGAGCACCCUGUCGACGACCUAUUGUUUUGGGAUGGGAGAUGUCGUGUCUAUGGAGCAGCCCUCGUAGCUAGCUGGGGGGUCCGGCUAGCACGACUUGCAUGUUUUUUUUAAUGUUUUCCUUCGUCUCGGAGAGGUGAUUAUUGAAAGGUUGCCGACCUCCUUCAGUUUCUUGGAACCCUGUCUGUGUUGACAGCAGACACCAUGGGUGAGAACAGCCUGGACGUCGCCAACGUUAAGGUGGCGGUGCGGGUCCGUCCCUUUAACAGGAGGGAACGGGAACUGAACACAAAAUGUGUCGUGGAGAUGGAGAAGAACCAGACGAUCCUUAAUCCUUCCGGAUCCAACCUGGGGAAAGGAGACUCCAGGAACCAAUCCAAGGUCUUUGCCUAUGACUACUGUUUCUGGUCCAUGGACGAAACGGACACAGACAAAUUUGCAGGCCAGGAGGUGGUGUUUCAGUGCCUUGGAGAGAGUCUCCUCCACAAUGCUUUCCUGGGCUACAACGCUUGCAUCUUUGCAUAUGGACAGACAGGUUCCGGUAAGUCGUACACCAUGAUGGGUUCGGUGGAGAACCCGGGGCUGAUCCCGCGGCUGUGCAGCGCCCUGUUCGACCGCACCCUGAAGGGGAAGAGGGAGGAGGAGAGCUUCACGGUGGAGGUGUCCUACAUGGAGAUCUACAACGAGCGGGUCAGAGACCUGCUGGACCCCAAAGGGAGCAGACAGGCGUUAAGGGUUCGGGAGCAUAAGGUUCUUGGACCUUACGUAGACGGCCUCUCCCGCCUUGCUGUGGCUUGCUACAAGGACAUUGAGUCUCUGAUGUCGGAGGGGAACAAGUCUCGGACGGUCGCCGCCACCAACAUGAACGAGGAGAGCAGUCGCUCCCACGCCGUCUUCAACAUCAUCCUCACGCACACGCUGAUAGACCUGCAUUCCGGGACGAGUGGGGAGAAGGUGAGCAAGCUGAGUUUGGUGGAUCUGGCUGGCAGUGAGAGAGCAGCCAAGACCGGAGCCGGUGGAGACCGUCUCAAAGAGGGCAGCAACAUAAACAAGUCCCUGACCACAUUAGGCCUGGUGAUCUCAGCAUUGGCUGAACAAGGAGCAGGAAAGAACAAAACCAAGUUUGUCCCCUACAGGGAUUCUGUUCUCACAUGGCUGCUAAAGGACAGCUUGGGCGGCAACAGCCGGACGGCGAUGGUCGCCACGGUGAGCCCGUCGGCCGACAACUACGACGAGACGCUGUCCACGCUGCGCUACGCCGACCGCGCCAAGAGCAUCGUCAACCACGCCGUGGUCAACGAGGACCCCAACGCCCGCAUCAUCCGGGAGCUGCGGGAGGAGGUGGAGAAGCUCCGGGACCAGCUCACCCAGGCCGAGUCUCUGAAGGCUCCGGAUUUGAAGGAUCGUCUGGAGGAAUCGGAGAAGUUGAUCCAGGAGAUGACCGUCACCUGGGAGGAGAAACUACGCAAGACGGAAGAGAUAGCGCAGGAGCGUCAGAGACAGCUGGAGAGCCUGGGGAUCUCUCUGCAGUCCUCUGGGAUCCGAGUGGGAGACGACAAGUGCUUCCUGGUCAACCUGAACGCUGACCCGGCCCUCAAUGAGCUGCUGGUGUACUACCUGAAGGAGCACACAAAGGUGGGCUCAGCAGAUUCCCAGGACAUCCAGCUGUGUGGAAUGGGCAUUCAGGCGGAGCACUGUGUCAUCGUCAUCACCACAGAGUGGGCCGUCGUGCUCACACCUUACCCUAACUCCCGUACGUGUAUCAACGGCUCUCCGGUCACCAAUCCUCAACCGCUUCACCAUGGUGACAGAAUCCUGUGGGGUAACAACCACUUCUUCAGGAUAAACUUGCCCAAGCGGCGUCCCCGUGGGGCUGAGGAGGAGGAGGGCGAGGGCGGUCAGAUGAAGAACAGUGGCAGCAGUGAGCAGCUAGACGCCGACGCGGACUCUGCCAGCGAGGUCUCCAGUGAGGUCAGCUUCUCCUACGAGUUUGCCCAGACGGAGGUGAUGAUGAAGGCCCUAGGAUCCAACGACCCCAUGCAGGCUGUCCUCCAGUCCCUGGAGCGGCAGCACGAGGAGGAGAAGCGCUCGGCCCUGGAGCGCCAGAGGCUCAUGUACGAGCAGGAGCUGCAGCAGCUCCGGCGCCGGCUGCACCCCGACCGGCUGUCGGGCCAGGGAGGAGCCCCCCAGCCCGGGCAGGCCAGCCAGACGGGCCAGUCGGGCCAGGGCCUACAGUCCCACCACCGCAGCCUGGAGAGACUCAGCAUGGGGGGCAUGGCCCACUCCACCAGCGCCCAGAGCCGGCUGAGGCAGUGGAGCGAGGAGAGAGAGGCGGUCCUGACGCGGAGUCUCCGGCGUCUGAGGGAGCAGAUCGUCAGAGCCAACCUGCUCGUUCAGGAGGCUGGCUUCAUCGCCGAGGAGCUGGACAAGCUCACUGAGUACCGGGUCACCCUGCAGAUCCCCACAGACAACCUCAACGCUAACCGCAAGCGGGAUGCGGUGCUGAGCGAGCCAGCGGUCCAGGUGAGGAGGAAGGGCCGGGCCAAGCAGAUCUGGACUCUGGAGAAGAUGGAGAACCGCUUGGUGGACAUGAGGGACCUCUACCAGGAGUGGAAGGACUUUGACGACGAUAACUCCGUGAUGUGCUCGUACCUGCGCCGGGCCGACCCCUUCUUCGACGAGCAGGAGAACCACAGCCUGAUCGGCGUGGCCAACGUCUUCCUGUCCUGUCUCUUCUACGACGUCAAGCUGCAGUACGCCGUGCCCAUCAUCAACCAGAAGGGGGAGGUGGCGGGGCGUCUCCACGUGGAGGUGAUCCGGGUCGCGGGCGGGUUCCAGGACAGCGUCGGCGGGGGGGAGGAGGGAGACGGCAGCCCCGACACGGACAACCAGGACCGCAAGCUCGUCUGCAUGCUGAAGAUCCUGCAGGCAACGGGGUUGCCCCAAUACCUCUCCAACUUCGUCUUCUGCCAGUACUCUUUCUGGGACCAGCCGGAGCCCGUCAUUGUGGCCCCGGAGGUGGACACAUCCACAUCGUCCCCUGGGGCCAAAGACCCCCACUGCAUGGUGGUGUUCGACAGCUGCAAGGAGCUGGCUGUGUCGGUGACGGAGGAGUUCAUUGAGUAUCUGACGGAGGGAGCCGUAGCCAUCGAGGUCUACGGCCACAGGCAGGCCGACCCGGCCAGGAACCCAGCCCUCUGGGACCUCAGCAUCAUCCAGGCCAAGACGCGGACACUGAGAGACCGGUGGAGCGAGGUAACACGGCGUCUUGAGCUGUGGGUUCAGAUCCUGGAAAUCAACGAGCAGGGGGAGUUUGUCCCUGUGGAGGUGGUGCCCGCCAAGGACGUGUGUACAGGCGGCAUCUUCCAGCUCAGACAGGGCCAGUCUCGGCGGAUCCAGGUGGAGGUGUGCUCGGUGCAGGACUCUGGCACUAUGCCCCUGAUCGCUGAGCUGAUCCUGGCCGUGUCUGUUGGGUGCGUUGAGAUCCAGCCCGCAGCCAACGGGGGCUCCCAGCAGCCCCAGGAAGACAUGGACAGCUACCAGGACAGGGAUCUGGAGCGGUUAAGGCGCCAGUGGCUCGCUGCCCUGACCAAGAGACAGGAGUACCUCGACCAACACCUACAGGCCAUCGUCACCAAGCCUGCAGAGAAGUGUGAGGAUGACAUGGAGAGAGAGGCCCAGCUCUUGGAGUGGCGUCUGACCCUCACGGAGGAGAGGAACGCCGUCAUGGUGCCCUUCUCUGGCAGCGGUAUCCCCGGGGCCCCCGCAGAGUGGGUACCCCCUCCCGGGAUGGAAACCCACACCCCUGUCCUCUUCCUGGAGCUGAGCGCCGACGACCUGAGCUCUCAAGACCAGAUGUCUGCCCCAGAGGCUGGCGGUCUAGACGCCACUCUGAAUGGAGAGGACGAGGACGACUUCUUCGACCUGCAGAUCGUCAAACACUACGACGAAGAGGUGAAGGCGGAGGCCUCCUGGGACUCCACGGUCCAUGAGUGCCCCCAGCUGAGCCGGGGCGGCGGGGCGUGGCCGGAGCAGCGCGUGUACCUGACGCUGCGCGUGGCCGUGCAGCUCAGCCACCCCGCCGAGAUGCAGCUGGUGCUGAGGAAGCGCGUGUGCGUCAGCGUGAACCCCGGGCGCCAGGGCUUCGCCCACAACCUGCUGAAGCGCAUGUCCACGCGGAGCACCAUCCCCGGCUGCGGGGUCACCUUCGAGGUGGUCUCCAACAUCCCCGGGGACCCACUGGGUUCGGAGGACAGGGAGAUGUUGGCUCGUCAGGCCACCGACUCUCAGAACGCAGAGACGUCGGAGAACGAGGCCGCCAUCGAAAAGUACCUGCGCAGUGUUCUGGCAGUGGAGAACAUCCUCACCCUAGAUCGCCUCAGACAGGAGGUAGCAGUGAAGGAGCACCUUGCUGGCAGAGGGAGGGGUAACAGAAGGAGUCUAAGUUCCCCGUCUGUCCACCGGCUGUCUGGAAGCAGACAGGACCUGUCUUCUUCAUGCAUGGUGGACGACAACAAGGGCCGAUGGGAGAGUCAGCAGGAUAUCUUCAUGCCCUCCCAGUUCUACCGGAGUCUUCCUCGGCCGUCUCUGACCCCCUCCCCUCCUCCCCCCGCCCCCACCCCCAGUGCAGCCACCUCACCCACCCAGGACCCUGAGCAAGGUCGCUCAGGGCUUGCUGCCUCUUAUCUUUCAGUCAAAGCGCUGGUUCCUCAGAUGCCCAAACUGCUCAAGUCUCUGUUCCCGGUGCGCGACGACAAGAAGGAGCUGAGGCCCUCGCCCAACACUCAGCAGCAUGUAUCUCGAAUCGUGACAUCACCAGGAGGGGACGAGAGAGCCCGGAACGACGCGGCUGGUAAUCUGGGGCAGAGCGUAGCCCCGCCCAAAGACAGGCCGGCCGAGUCUACGGAAGCCCCUCCUCUUCCUGUGCAUGACCCGCAUGAGGCCGCGCCCCCCAGCCCCCUGAGCCAGUCGUCCAGCGGCUACUUUUCCACCAGUGUUUCCAUGGUAACCCUGUCGGAGGCCGUCGCCGGCAGUGACCCCGCCCCCGUCCGUUCCUCCACCCCUUCCCCGCUCCUCCCGCCUGCCGAGGCCCGGGGGCCGAAGGCGUCAGAGACUCCGUUUCCCAUAACCCAACAGCAGCCGCUCCAGGGCCCUGACCGGAACGGUGUUGUGGCCUCCUCUCCCUCUCAGUCUCACACCACGCCUGCCGCCAGCAGCUCAACCAAUCACAGCGGUGAGCACUGCGACAGGCUGGAACUCCAGGUGGAGGACGACGACGACGACGAGCGUUGUCACGACGAGGUGCUCCCCGACUGGCUGACGGAGGGGGCGUUUGUAACGGUGGGGAGCAGUAAGAGUGGGACGGUGCGCUACGUGGGGAGCACAGAGUUUGCUGCUGGAGUCUGGGUGGGGGUGGAGCUAGACACGCCCACAGCCCCCCCUCCUCUCCCCACCGCCCCCCUCCCUCCAGGGAAGAACGACGGCACCAUCGGGGGGCGGCAGUACUUCCGCUGCACCCCGGGUUACGGGGUGAUGGUGCGUCCCGACAGGGUGGUCCGGCGGGAGCGCGGCGUCCGCGGCGGGGACAAGCGGCGCACCGCCGCCCCGCCUCCGUCGGCGGAGCUCUGCCCCCCCGCCGCCCACGUGCCCGUGCUCCGCGGCAACAGCAUGUCGACGGGCCGGCGGGGGGAGAACCGCAAGUCGUGGAGCAGCUGAAGGGAGGGGGGGGGCGGCGGCGCCGGCAGCGCCGCGGGCCCGUCCCGCGACACAGCUUCACAGAAGGGACAGACGGUCAUAUUUAUUUAAGCUAACAGAGCGGAGUCUUUUGUAGAUAAAGACAAGACUGCCCUGCGGAGGUGGGAUCCACGCAAACAAGCAGCAGUGACGCACCUGGAGGCCAUUGGGUGGUGGUGGUGGUGGUGGUGGUGGUGGAGGAGAAAGAGGAGAUCUGACCGGACUGCUUCGCAGCCACUUCCUGAACCGCUCCAACAACACUUCCUGGGCUUUACCCCCGACCCCAUGUGAUUAACAGGAGGAAGCCCUUCACUGGGAGCCCCUUCAUCGUCCUCCCUACCCCUGCUGUCCCAGCAUGCAUCUGGGUGUCCGAACCCACUCGAGGACCCCCCCCCCCCCCCCCCCCAGGCUUUCUGAGGAGUCCUUUUUGGUCUUUAAUUCAGAAACCAUCCCCCCCCCCCCCUUCCCCACACGUGCCUUCAUCGUGACAGAGUUUUAAUCUCUUAUCUCCAUGAACAAGUUUAUUUUAUUAUCAUUGUGAAAGAGUCUCUUUUAUCUCCGUAACUGACAUAAUCUUUCAUCCUCAUGAACGAGUUAAUCUUUUUCUUUCUCCGAGUUGUGUUUGUGAACACAGCAAAACCUUGUUUUUAGGUGUGAGGUGAUCUCAGAGACUGGUGUGUGUGUGUGUGUGUGUGUGUGUGUUUGUGUGUGGUCUUUCUUGUUGGAGGCAGUAAGCAGCAAAGGGAGCAGGCUGUCUUACCGGGGAGAGGUUUAAUGUGGCUGGAGCUGAGACAGGGGCAGAUGGAAAGGGCUGACUCUCUGUUCCAUACAGUGAAAGCCAACGGGAGCUCAUCGGUUACCUUGUCAGUUACAAUGUCGUUCCACCUGAAUGACUUAAGAGGCGUCGUCUGUCGCGUUGGACACAUUUGGGAGCAGCGAAAGGAAAGAGCAGACUCAGCUCGUGCGACCUCGGAAGCAUAUUUCUUCCAAAGCACAGCGAUUAAACAAAGCGGGAGAGUGUCUUGUGUGAAAGGAUAAAGAGGAAACAGAGCCUCGGAACUGCUUGAGCGGCGAUAUCCAAGUGGUCUGUGGAUGAACGAUGGCAAAAUGUACCCGAGCCAUCCAUAUCUCCAGCAGUGUUGAGCAGCAAUCGGAAUCCGCUGGAAGUCUCUUCUCUGUUCAAAUGCAUAUCCUGUCGCGUAGAGUGGGGGAUCCACUGCCGAGUGUCUUUAUUUAUAGCCUGCAGCGGCUGAAGGGCUGAUUUCAUGUGCCAAGUCUUGAUGUGCGAUGAUUGUUUAUUGUCCCACGUUGUUGUUUUUGUUGGGAUGGCCUGGUGGUACCGUGCACGUGUGGCUGGAGAGGAGCAGGGGAGGCAGAUUUGGGAGAAGUUGAGCACAUUUCGUUUUUUUUUUUGCAACCUGCAGAGGACGCAAUCUCUGCUAUGCAUUGAAUCUUACUGGGCGAGCCGUGUGAGCUGGGGUACUCCUUGUUAAAUUCUCUGGUUUGCUGACUGGGAGACGAAGACAUUUGUCAAACUCUAGCUUGAAAACAAUGUCUCGUUGGGAUGAUGGCGCCGGAUGAAUUGAGUAGAUUUGGGAAUAUUUGUAACCAUAUUUUCGGGAGUGCCUCUGUUGAACAUUCCAUUAGAACGGUGUCUCUGUGUACCCCCACGGUGUGUCUCCGCCCUGGGGUACAUCUGACGGCUUCCCUCAUUACCAACAACAGGAACCUACCUAGUUGUGGCCUACACACACACAGAGAAGCACAUGUAAUAUAUAGUUAUAUAUAGUAUAUAGUAUACUGUAAUACUCAAGUGUCCCAUCUACAAAACUAUCACGGAUAAUCCCACAUCUACUAUAGCUGUUGGGGGCGGUUCUGAGACCCAGACGGUGUCCCCAUGAUCUAUUACUGUUAGGCUGCAGGACCCCGUGGGUUAAUGAGGCUGACGCUGAUGAAGACCUUGACCAGGUCGAACUGUCGUGGAGCCUUUUGCGUUUGCUAUUUAUGUUGAUUUUAGAGAUGCCUUUUAUUGAUGUGAGCGAUUAUGAAGCCUUUUAAAUGAAUAUUGCACAAGUGAUUCUAUGAGAACUGCUGCUGUUAGCAUUGUAAAUGUCCCUGUAAAUUAAUCAAAUGAUUUAUGUAGCUGUAGUGUUAAAGCAUGAAUAGUAAAUUAAGUAGAGCUCUUUGCUCCGUGGACCCAGUCAAAUUUGAAAUGAGAGUACUCUAUUGAAAUAUCCUAUUUCCAAUAUACUUGUGCUCAAAGAUUAAUUAAAUGAGUCUAGGUUGAACAAGUCAGGGCUCUUGGUUAUGUGGCCAAAAUAAUGAAGAAUUAUCAUUGAUUUAAAAGGCACUUUGCAGUGUGUGUGGACUUGAAAGAGAGUGGAUGUGAGUUUGGGAUGGGAAGUGAUCCAACAACCUACUGUCUGCUAGAGGGACCUUGGGGAUUGGAGGAAAGCCAUUCUAGGUUGUUGAAGGAACCUAAUGGAGUAAUUACUUUAGUCAUCUCCCAUAAUGGGUUCUGACGAUGGAUCGUUCCAUCCAUCACGCGGGACCCGUUCAGUGAUUAUGAAGUAUAACGAUCUAGAGGCACCAUUUAAAAUGUGGAUCCAUCUGCUCCACGAAUGGUCUUUAACCUGAUCUCCUCCGUGUUCUCUGGUUGGUUGGUAGUCAUUCUUUUAAAAGAGAAGAGUUGGCUGUUCGGUAUUUCCAUGGGUAGUUUUGAAGGGGAGGUGGGGAAGUUGGUCAAUGGUUUAUUGGCUGUCAUGUUUGAGCAGGUGAGGAUUGAUUGGCUGGCAUGUUGGAAGUCGUCAAGGCUGAGUUAAAGUUAAAAUUGGUUAUUGGCGGUCUGAAUAGAUGGUUGGUCGAUAAGUGGACUUUUGGGAUCGUCAGAGUUGUUGUGUGUUCCUUAUGUGGUCUCUGAUGUGGUAAGAGAGGGGAGGAAUAUGCUCCCUAUUUGUUGUGUUUUAUCAAAGGUGUGUGUUUGUGCGUGUGCGUGCGUGUGUGUGCGUGUUGGGCUCAGUAGGCUUUGCUCAAACUUAUUACCAGCGAGGAAGGGAUCCACCAAGCAUCACUGAGGGGGUGUGUGGUUGAAUCUGCCAUGUUGACAGAUGACAAACCGUCACCUAGGAGUUCUGCGCUGCCACGGGUACCAUGGUACCAUGUUUACUAUGGCGAGUUGGCUGUUUAAAGGCGUUCCUACCCUAGUGACACACUCACUGUCUCGACUGAGAUCCGAGGUGGUGGGAGUGUUUGAGAUCACGCCAGACUUCCACUUUGAAUGACUGUGCCUCACAGGUCAUGUCUUCUUCCACGUUUGUCCAUAUCAAACAUUUUCAAAUUCAAUUCAGACGAGUACAUUUCAAAAAAUGACAUGGGGCUUUAUAUUUCUUUGCCUUGAGUUUUUAUCAGACGGAAUCUCUUAUCCAGCGGGAAACUCUUCAAUUUUAACUGUAGUGCUACCGUUUAUUUUGCAAAUGUUUUGCCGUGCUUGUUUUCUUUCUUUAUUGUAAUUUUCUGUCUAUGAAAUGGUCGCUUCCUUUCACCCUUUUUCAUUUCAUGAAUCUGUAGCAGCCUAUAAGUUGUCCCCAUCAGCCCUGGUAGUGAUGCAAUCUGUUGGUUAGGAAUGGUCACUAGAGAAGUCUGUCCUGAUGAACAUGACUCCAUGACCCAGAAUCACAUGACACUUUAGAGUCUCGGUGGGAAUACUCGAAUGGCAUCCUGGAUCACGGGCCUCAUCCUGCCCUCCAACAUCCAGGAGAUCCAUCCCUAGAUUGAACAUUUCAACUGGAACUCAAGGGGACCAUUCCAACUACAAACCCCAGACACAAGGUGUUAAGCCAUACAGACGAGAAUCUACACCCCAACCAGGACGUCUCACACGCCACCAAUUAGUAGCAAUGUUACUGCCUUUAUUUGAGUGGUUCUUCGCAGUGUGGUCGUCUCUGACUGUGACACAUAACCAGCAGCAGUAUUGGUCAAGUCCAUGACUUUAACAACUCCCAGAACCUCACUACGGAACCAGUUCCGAUCCAAUGUGACUCUUGAUGUGUCCAGACAAUGUCGAGGUUCUGUAUCCGGUGGUUGUAUUUCCGUUUUAAAGGUGCUUCACAACGCUUUGUCUCUUUCGUCUUCAGUGAUCUGGUUGCACUGGUCCUUAUGUUUGGCCUGCAGCGCCCCGUACGACCCCGUACGAUUUGGUCCAGAUUCUUUCUCCUGCCUUAUCAAGGCUGUUAUCUAUGCUUUUUUUUAAACCCUAUUCCUUUUUUCUUUCAUACAUUUUAUUUAAAAAUGCGACCCAUUGUCUAAUAUUUAUUUGAAUGGUAUCAGUUUACUGCUGUCAACUAUUGUAGUACGGUUAAUAACGGUUUGAUGCAAAGUUUCAGUAUUUUUGACUUAUGUCAUGCCUCUUAUUUUAGAAUGAAACUCGAGUAGUUACCGCCCAUAUGGGUUCAACACGGCGCCCCCUGGUGGCUGCAUCUACACCUUGCCUAGGCGUGAUUCCCCCCCAUAGACACACAAUAAUAAAACAAAUGAGAGUGAAAGUAUGGUCCUUCCAUUCAGAUUAACUCAUGUGGCUUGCUAAAUGAGUUGGUUUUGCAGUAUUAGAUUACAAUAAAAGUAGGUUAUUACUCAGGAAGUAUAGCAGCCAGCAGGUGGCGCCCACUUCUUAAGACCUGUGGCUCUGGACCCGAUGCGGCUGCAGCGUGGUGCUCUUUGUGCUGGCCCGGUGUUCUCUCUCAGGACCUUCAGACCCCAACACUGCCCCACCAAUGUCCUGCUCCACAGCGCCCUCUCCUGGACCUGGUGGCCCCAGCAAGGCCCACCACUGCCCCAAGACAAGCAGUGGAUAAACUAUGUUCCCCAGGCUUCCCUCGCGUUCUCAUCACGUCACUUAACAUCUCGUUAGGGGAAUGGUUCAAGUGCCUGUUAGGUUGGGACUGAGCCUGUAAACCGAAGACAAAAUAUUUUCACCUGGCUUGGGCUUGGAUGCGAGUUGUGUUGAAGCGCACCCCAUGAUCUGCUGAGAACCACGCCCUCCGAUGGAUGUGUUAAGAGCUAACUCAUCAAGGUCUAAUAAGUCUAAACCCGAUAGACUCUAAUAUCUAUCCAUGGAUUGGGUUUGAAGUGGCGAAGCUUAAAUUCAACUACUCAACUCCUUUUCGGGACGAGGGUCAGCUAGUUCAGUUGCGAUUCUCCUUACUACCACUAGAGGGCAUUGUGCGGUUGUAAACUGGAGACGUCAUCGUGCUGAUCUUGUGGUAGUGACCUAAUGUGGGAACGGUUGUUCUGUAUGUACGAACCUAUGUGUAUAUUGGAGCAUACUAGACUUAUAAACACAGAGCACAAGUUUGAGCUUUGAUUAAUUUAAAUGUUUUAUGUAAUUCUAUGCUGCAAUCCAAAGAAUAAUCAUGUGUUAUAAUGCAUUUAUAAUUUCCAUCUUUUAUCAUCUGGACAAUAAUCUCCCUGACAAGAAAAAAAUAAAGAGGAAAACGAGAACAUUG